AUGGAGAGAAUCGAUGUGCACACCCACUGCGUGCCACCCUCGUAUCGCGAGUAUUGCCUACAAAGCGACUUUGCAGGCAAAGGCCACCCAGAUGGAAUGCCCGCGAUCCCAGAAUGGAGCGCUGAAGCACACAUCAACCUAAUGAAGAAGCUAAAAAUCAAGAAAUCAGUCCUGAGCAUGUCAUCUCCAGCAACCCAUCUAACGCCGGGCAACAACGAAGAAGGCCGAUCCGUAACCCGCCGCGCCAACAUCGACAUGUCCAAAAUCUGCGCCGAUCACCCAACCCACUUCCUUUUCUUCGCCUCCCUCCCCCUCCCAGACGUCGAAGGCUCCCUUGCAGAAAUAGACUAUGCACUGGACCAUCUUGGCGCAGUGGGGUUUCAGAUCCUGACCAAUUCGCACGGCAUCUACCCUGGCGAUCAGCGCUUUACACGCGUUUUUGACAAAUUGAGUGAGCGAAAAGCCAUUGCCUUAUUUCACCCGACUACUUGUCUUAUCCGGCAUGGUGAUGACGACGAUUCUGUUGAAAAGGUGAUACCGCUCCCUGGUGUUCCUGCACCUAUUAUGGAGUUUAUGUUCGAUUCGACACGGGCGCUUAUGGAUUUGCUUACUUCUGGGACUGUCGAACGAUGUCCUGGGAUUACUUUCGUGGUUUGUCAUUGUGGUGCGACUUUCCCUCCGAUUAUGGAGAGGAUCGCGGCGUUCUCGUCUAUGAUUCCGGGUUCGGGGGGUGGGAUUAACGCAGCGAAGAUCAAGAAGCUGUUGCAGACGCGUUUUUAUUUUGAUCUUGCGGGUGUGCCAUUUCCGGAUCAGAUUCAUGGUCUUCUACGGCUGGUUGAUUCAUCUAGAUUAGUUUAUGGGAGUGACUAUCCAUAUACCCCUGCAGCGCUGGUUGAGUCACUGGCUAAGAGAGUGGAUGAGGGACUAGAGAGUCUAUUUGGAUUGGAAAAAACGAAGCAGCUUUUGGUUGAUAACGCACAGGAGCUUCUUGGGGUAACUCGUGGAUAG